AACAACAAGUCCCAACUGUACCAACAGCCCACAAAACAUCAGGCCAAAUGAACUGGAAAAAUAAAUUCAUAGUAGAAAGCACAAACAAGUGAAGUGGAGUGAUUUACAGUGCAUACACUGUUGUUGAAUCAAAUAAUUCACAUGUCUCAUCCUUGAACUGGAACUGCAGAGUAUGAAAUCCAAAUAUCCACGGUCUAAAUAUGUCACCUUUGGUCCCCAUAUCACUUACCAACUGACCGCCAACAGCUCAAUUACCUACAGAAUGUGCUCCUCAUCGCAAUUACUUUCACUCGCGUUUUUACUCAGUCUGCUCUCAUCGACCUGCAGUGGAUCAUGUAACGAAGCUCAAUCAUCAUCUUCCGCAACAUGUGACGCCCACUCGCGGGAAAAACGUUUUCUGACCUAUGUCGUCAACGGAGGUGUGGCAAAAAUCGUUCUGGGAGGAGUUUUCCCAGUGUACUUCCACCACAAGCUGAAAAGAAGUCUGAACGCGGCCGUGAACCUGCAGGCAAACUAUCGCAUCCCGGCGGACAUAAUCUGGCCCGUUCCGGAGGACGUUUUCCGGCAGCGGAUGAACAACGAUUUCACGGACAAUAGCCGACCGCAGCUGUAUCGGACGCUGGAACGGAUGAUCGACACCUGGGGCAGAAAUGGGCGCACUUGUCUGCUGAGGACGAUCUGUGAAGCGGCAGAGACUCCGCUGUCUCAUAACGGGAUGUUUGGAGAAAUAUUGGAUGUGAUAUUUACACCAAGUGAAACCGAUGCAAUCGACGAGGAAUACCUGAUGGCACGAAAGUACGGAUCACAUGGAGUGAGCUGCUCCGGAGUUUUCAAGGAUUGCCCAUAUGGGCAUGGUCUUCUUGAUACGAUUAGCACAGUUCUUACCUCAAAAUUUAUGUUCAAUUGAUCAAGCAGAUAUUACUAUAUAGUUAUGACUAUCACUUAAGCAUGUAUUUAUUUCCUCAGCAACGUCUUCUGGAUAAUUCGUGCGUGAUUCUUCGCCCAUGAUUCUUUAAUGCCACACACUGUUCUAUAUUGUUGCAAUAUUUUUGUGAGUCUAUACUUAUGACAAGUUGUGUGUGUACAUUCAUUCGGAAAUUUUGCUUCGGAUUCAUUAAAAUAAUCCAGGGAUUUAGAAUGUGUAUUCUGAGAUUCUUUUAGAACUCGUUUAGGUAGAUCUCCAUCUAUUCCUUUUGAAAUACCUCCUGGGAUUGCUUCGGGAAUUUUUCUAGCGUGUCCCUUCUGAUGGAAUAAGAAGUUUUUUCAGGGAUUUCUUUGAAAAUGUCUUCAGGAAUGCAGAAGUAUCACUGCAUUAUUGAGAUUUUCAGCUUUAGGCUGGUUUAUUUCCGACAUAAGAAGCUCUUUAAUCGAUUGUUUCAGAAAUUCUUUCAGCCUGCAUUUUUUUUCAGAAAAAAUAAUGAUUUCCUCUGGAAUUCGUACAGGAAUUCACAAACUCCUCCGGAGAUUUUUUUUUUACAGUAUUUUCCCCAAGGAUUUCAUACGAAAUAUCCCCAGGAAUGUCUUCAGGAAUUACUUAAGGGAUUCCUCCAGGUAUUCCUGUAUUGUUAAAAAUUCUCCAAUUAUACUUCUAGGAGAAAUUUUUCCAAAUUUAUUUGUCCGGUUUUUCUGCUGCAAUUGUGCAGUGAAUUUCUCGAGUGAUUAAUUUGUGUUUUCGCCAUGACAGCACCAAAAGAAUCCCCUGAAGAAUCCUUGAGUAAAUACCUGAUGAAAUUAUUAAAAGAAUCUUAGGAGGAAUCCCAAAAGAGUACUGGAAUAAACCCGAGAAUAAUCAUUGAAAGAAUCACGAUAAAAUAAUCUAAAACAACCCAUUAAAGGAUCCAAUAGGAACCCCUGAAUACAUUUUAGAGAGUUGAGAAAAAAUCCCGACAGAAAUGAAUGAAUUAAUCUAAGUAUCAAUUCUAGAGCAAAUCUCUAAGGGAGUCGCAGAAAGCAUCCUUGAAAAAAAUCUAUGAAUGAAUCUAGGGAAAAAUCUCUAAAGGAAACCUGGAAGAGAAUACAGAAAUUCCGGGAGGAAUAAAUAAAGGAAUCCAGGCAGAAAACCCAGGAAGAAUCGGUAAUAAUCCGUGAAAGAAUCGCGGAAGGAAUUCCGGGAUGAAGUAAUAAAGGAAUCUUUAAUGGAAUAUCGGGAAAUAUCCAGUAUUGUCAUGGUAAAAUUAGAACUUCCU